AUGCUGGAGGCUGCACGGCAGGGCCCGAUUGUCGUCCUGAAUGCCCUCAACGACCAUGUCCGGGAACUCAAAACUCUCGACACGCUUGGAUGGCUCUGGGAUGCCAUCGUCUGUCACGUUCUUAAUGCUUUAGGCUUUACUGGGCCUCCUUCGGACGGUCAGUGGCCACACGUGUGGUGGGUUCCCACCGGCACACUGACCCGGUUUCCACUCCAUGCAGCGGGAUACCAUCUGAGGCGCACCGGCGAGACGGCGGUCGAUCGGGUCAUCUCAUCCUACGCCUCGUCUGUCAAGGCGAUCAUACAUAGUCGACGACGGCCCCAGCAAGCACCGGCAGCCGGAAAGUCCCGGAAAGUCGUUGUCGUUGCCAUGCAGAACACGCCAAAACAGACCCCGCUCAAACAUGCGAGCGACGAGGUUGAUGCGGUAGUGGCUGUUUGCGAGUCGAUGGGAUUGCCGCAUGACCAGCCUGAACCGUGCAAGGCCGGCGUCUCGUCGGCCUUGGAGGCCUGCAGGAUAUUCCACUUUGCCGGCCACGGCAGCACGCAUCCCACAGAACCGUUGCAGAGCCAGCUGCUCCUCGAUGACUGGGACCGGGAGCCAUUCACGGUGGCGAGCCUCCUGGAGACCAACCUUACCUCGAAGCCGCCAUUCCUUGCCUACCUCUCAGCAUGCGGGACGGGUCAGAUCCUGGACGAGGGGUCUAUUGACGAGAGCAUCCAUCUAGCCAAUGGUUGCCAGUUGGCGGGGUUCCGUCACGUGGUGGGCACGCUUUGGAACGUCGAUGACGGGUUAUGUGUGGACAUGGCGAGAAUGACAUACGAGUUUCUGCGGGAUGAAGGGAUGGGGGAUGAAUCGAUAAGCAGGGGGCUUCACCGGGCCACUAGGACGCUCCGAGACCAGUGGGUGAAGGGCGAGGAUGCCGGGGGCGCAAAGUCAUGGUCGCCGGGAACAGAGAGGGACGCUGAAUUGACAGAGGGGCCGGAGCCGAGGCGGCCGUUCUGGGUUCCUUAUGUUCACUUUGGCGUUUGA